CCUCCACUCACGUCUGAACUGAAGCGCUGUAGUGAAUCGAUACGCUAGCAACUGUCCAGUCACUACCGCAUAACCUACUUUCUUCUUCCGUUCUCCAGGAGCGGCAUUUCUCUGCCGCAGAGGAGUCGGACAAGUUUUGAAUUAUCCAAGAUGAACAACCUGGCCAGACAGGUGUUCCAUGUCGGAGUGGCAGCGUACUACAUGGUUGUCACCCACUGGAUGAAGGAAAACAUGCUCAAACACACUAAAGAAGAUGAUAUCCAUGAUCCUGUUGUAAAAACAAUGAAACGGUUCUCACUGCGAUAUCUCACCAACUGGACAUUUACGUUACAAACAACGUAUUUCUAUAUUGCUCUUGGAGGAGAAAUUCUGGCUCUGUUUAAAGGAAGAGAAAAGAUCAAGGAGAGAAUAAACCAAUUCAAGAAUUACUUCUUCACUGUCCUUGUGGCCCCAAUGGCCUUGGUGGUCUCAAUAGUCUUCUGGAGUGUGUGGUUUGUGGACAGAGAACUGAUAUUCCCAAUAGUUAUGGACAAAUUCCUUCCACCAUGGAUAAACCAUUCUCUGCACACAACUACGUCUGUGAUAGUGCUUCUAGAAAUGUAUAUGUGUUUCCACAAGUAUCCUGCGUUCAAGCCCGCUUUAUUGGGAAUAACCUUAUAUCUGCUGCUGUAUUCAUUUUGUUUACUGGGAACUUACUAUCAGAGUGGUAUCUGGUUGUAUCCAAUAUUCAAAAUGCUGAAUUGGACACUGAGAGUAGUAAUCUGCCUAGCCACUUACAUUUUAGCCGUGGCGCUGUAUGGGGCAGGCUACUUCUUGAACAAAGUGCUUUGGGAUGAAAAACUGUUAGUGAAGAAAGCACCAAGGAAGAAGCACAAAAAGCACUGACAUGACAGGAUUUAGGGGCAAUACAACUUAACAAAUUAAUGUCUGAAGUACAGCACAGAAGAUGAGGAGAGCAUCAGACUUCUUGCUCUUUUCUUGGGUCCAUGUACUCUCCAGGUUCAAGAGGACAUUCUGAUUUUUGUUGGAACCCUCAGCAUUCCAUAGCAUAUCACCUUGCUCUCCUUGCUAAGAUAGCCUUAUAAUAAAUCAGCUUAUUUCUUGUAAAAUUAAUUUAAUAAAUAAUUAUUAUAUUACGAAGCUGAUAUUUUAACAGAUUUUACAUUGAAAUUCCAUUUGAUUUGUUACUACGAGAUUAUUGUACUUAUGUGUUUAAAAAUCUCAUAUUGUUAAUAUAUACAUAAUUAUUAACAGUACAUUAAAUUAUUAAAAUACAAGUUAUUCCUCAAAAUUAAUUUUUAAUUGCAGUUUUUUUAAAUUAGUGAAAUAAAUUAAUUUGUUAUUCGAAAGGAUUAAAAUUUUAAAUUAUUAAGAAAUUUUUAGCACUACUUACAUAGUGUCUUUUAGAAAUGGAAGAUAAUUAACUAACUCUAUUCCAAA